CCAGGGCUUGUCCAAGAUUCAUGGCAUUAAGUGAUUCCAAGAUGAAUUCCGCUACAGGUGCUCCUCAGCAGCACAAGCAAUCUUCGAGGAAGGGCAAAAAAGCCUGGCGAAAGAAUGUCGACAUCACGGAAGUCCACCAAGGCCUGGAAAGUCUGCGAGAAGAAAUUAUUCAAGGUGGUCCGGUAGCAGAGAAAUCGUCGGAAGAGCUGUUUGCACUUGAUACCAAAGGUUCACAAGAAAUAAAGAAGAAGUACAAGUUACAGAAGCCUUUGAAGGUAGAUGAGAUUCUGUCACGACGAUCUGCAGUGCCCGCACUGGACUCUCGGAAGAGACCACACUCAGCAGUCACAGAUGGAGUCAUUGAGACAUCCAGCAAACGGCAAAAGCCUGACUGGGUCAGCAAGAAGGAGGUACAACGGUUAAAGAACAACCUGAACAACAGUACGUUCUUGGACAACCAGAAUAUCGACAGUGAGAACGCUGUAUUCGACCCUUGGGCCGCCAAUGUCAACUCCGAACCGGAGGAGAACGAAUCAAGAGGAUACGUGCCCAAACCUAAGGCCAAGGUCGCGCCAGCAACCAUACGAAAAGCACCAAUUGCCAUGACCGCCAGUGGCAGACCCGUGCGAGCGGUGCAACACCCAAGGGCCGGGACUAGCUACAAUCCGGCAUUCGAAGAUUGGGAUGACUUGCUGAAUAAAGAGGGCGAGCGAGAGUUACAGGCUGAAAAGGCUCGCCUGCUUCAGGCUCAGAUUGCCGCAGAAAAGGAGGCGAAAAUUCGGGAAAUAGCCGCCAGACCUGAACCGAAUCCAGCAGAUGAGGAGAGUGCGUGGGAAGGCUUUGAGACAGACAACGACGAUCCAGAAGUUCUGAAGAAGAAACGGCCUGAACGUAAGACCCCUGCUCAGCGUAACAAGCUCAAGAGGAGAAGGGAAGGCGAAAGAUUGGCGAAGCACGAAAAGAGAAUGGGUGAUAAGCAGAAGCAGGCAGAGCAAAUCAUUAAUGCCAUGAUCAAGCGUCAGGAGAACGAGAUGGAGUUGGCGCAGCAGAGCGACAGCGAUGCCGAGUCCGAGGAAGGCGAUGACGAGACACUACGGCGGCGGAAGAUGGGCAAUUCUGUGAUACCAGAGAAAUCACUUGAGGUUGUUCUGCCCGAUGAACUCCAGGAUUCACUGCGGAGGCUGAAGCCUGAAGGGAAUCUUUUGAAUGACCGGUUCAGAAGCUUGCUGGUCAAUGGGAAACUGGAAGCGCGGAAACCGAUACUGCAGCCCAAGAAGGCGAAGAAGACUUACACCGAGAAAUGGUCGUACAAAGACUUUACUGUCAAGGUCUGAACUGAAGCGGACUGGCGCUGAGUACAAAGAUGCAUGGCCCGGCACGGUGAUGCAGUCUCCAGUUGCGCGAUCAUAUCUUGUUUGGCCUAAGCAUGAAUUUACGCUUCUGAAUGAACAUUGUCCAACCCAUACCUAGCCUUUUGUCACAGAGAGACCUUAGGGGAGGGAGUUACAAUCUGCUGCAACUCAGGAAUGCUUUGACAAGAAGUAAAUGGGACACUCGGGAUUGACAGCGGCGAUAUCACAUUAG